AUGGCAGACACUCUUCGAUUCGAUAACAGAGUCAUCAUUGUGACAGGUGCUGGCUCCGGUCUUGGCAGAGCCUAUGCGCUUGAGUUCGCUAGAAGAGGAGGUAAAAUUGUAGUCAAUGACUUAGGUGUCUCACGUGUAGGUGAAGGCUCUUCAGCAAGAGUAGCUGAUAAUGUUGUUGACGAAAUCAGAAAACUCGGAGGAACUGCUGUAUUCUUUGUAUAUUUAUAUUUGAACUAUACUCUUCACCUAUUUAUAAAUAAUUUUUUAAACAAAAAUCAAUUAAAAGCAGCAUAGCCAAUUAUGACUCCGUAGAGUUCGGAGAAAAAAUCGUUAAAGCCGCAAUCGACGCAUUUGGAAGAAUUGAUGUUAUAAUCAACAAUGCUGGAAUCCUCAGAGACGUCAGCUUUGGCAAAAUGACUGACAACGACUGGGACUUAAUCAUGAGAGUCCACUUGGGCGGUGCUUUUUCCCUAACCAAAGCAGCCUGGCUGAAGAUGCGUGAACAAAAAUUCGGAAGAAUCAUCAACACUUCUAGCGGAAGCGGAAUUUAUGGAAAUUUCGGUCAAGCCAACUAUUCAACCGCGAAAUACGGGCUACAUGGAUUUACACUUACUUUAGCUAAAGAAGGUGAAAAAAAUAAUAUCAGAGUUAACACCAUAGUCCCGAAUGCAGCAUCAAGAAUGACUGAAGAUAUUUUGACUCCUGAUUUAUUGAGAUUAUUGACCCCAGAAAGAGUUGUUCCUUUAGUAGUUUAUUUGUGCCAUGAAAGCUGCCAACAGACUGGAAACCUUUAUGAGGUCGCUGGAGGAUUUAUCGCUACAAUGAGAUGGCAAAGAAGCCCUGGACUUUAUGGAGGUGAAAAUAUCAGAGCUGAAGAUAUCAAAAGAAGAUGGGCUGAAGCUAAUAAUUAUACUGGAAACGUGGAUUACCCACAAGCUCAUACGGAUACGUUGCAAAAAGUUAUGGGAAUUAUUGAAGCGGAAAAAGCACGUCCUAAACUUUAA